AUGGGCGGCGUGGACGAGGCGCCGGGGCUGGGCCACCGGGUUACCAUUUAUGACUUGGAAGGCAAGCGCGUCUGCAUGUUCGGCACGCCUGAAGAGGGCGAAGGCCCUGGUCAGUUUAUAGCCCCCCACGGCAUCGCAGUGGACUCCAAGGGAGACCUCUACGUGGCCGAAGUGUCCUUCACUAUUCGCGGUUCCAGGAUGGACCCGCCCAAGGUGCUGAGGAGCUUCUCCAAGUACGAGCGGGUGUAG